GACGAUCCCCGCGGCUCCCGGGCAAGCGACGACCGUCCUAGUGAUGGGGCGGAGUUCCGGCUACGGCGGGCGUUGGGGCAAACCAGAAAGUAGAAAUCGUUAGGUUUGUUCUGGAUUCGCCGCCCCAUGGCCCAGACCUUUCGCUCUGGUGGCCGCCUGCCUCCACUCGCUAACGUUUCCCCGCUGUGGGUGCAACCCGCGGGCGCUGAGGAGGAGCCGGGGGAAGGAAGGCGGGUGGAUGCUCUCCGUGGCUGGCCAAGGCUACCGGUUGCCAGUAGCAUCCCUUGCCUGGACCCACGGCCCGGCAGGGCUCCAGGAGGGAAGCCGUGGUUCCUGGAGGACUUAGGUGAGGACUAUGAGGCUGAUGCUACUGACUGGAGGGGAGAACCCGUAGUGGGCAGCCCUAUCCCUCCCGCGCUACAGCGUCUCCGGGCUGUGUUGCUGCGGCUGUACCAGGAGCAACAGCAGCUCCUCCAAGCUCGGGACUACGCCCGCCUCCUACAGACUGCAGUGCGUCUCCUCAGGACCCCGAGUCUCGGUUCACGGGCCUGCGGCCCUAGUUCCUUGUCCCACCUGUGCCGCGACCUGCAGCUGCACCCUUCCGGAGGGUCUGUCCGAGGCAUCGGCCUUCGGGAGACUCUGGAGCCGCUACUGCUGGCCCGCCCCUUCGGACUAGCUGCGCAACGCCUGGAUGCAGCCAUCGAGAUGGAGCUUCGCGCUCUGGGACGGGCGCCCGCCAGCCCGGGCCUGUCGUCCCAACUCGCCGACCUGCUGCUGGCCCUUCCCACCUACCACAAGCUGCAGGGAAAAGCCGUGAGCCACGUCCCAGGGGCUGCGCGCCCUUUCUCCCCGGCCCGUGUGCUCGGUCUCUUGACGCGGGAGCGGGGUUGCCAGGUGGCAAGUUGGCUGGAUGAAGCAUUCAGGAAAUCGGGAUUGCGAGACCAGCUCCACAGGUGGUGCCACGAGGAGCAGGAGCUGCUACCAAGGCUCCUGGGCCUGGUGGAGGGCGUGACGGGUUCACCAGGCUGUAGCCCGGGGCUUAGAGAGGCUGGAGCCCUGUGGAGCCAAUAUUGGACCCUGUUGUGGGGAGCUUGCGCCCAGAGUCUGGACCUAAACCUAGGACCCUGGAGGGACUCCAGGGCAGCAGCACAACAACUGAGUGAGGCACUGGGUCAGGCAUCCCUGCCUCAAGAGUGUGAGAAGGAGCUGACUUAUUUGUGUCACAGCCUACUUCAUCAGUCUCUUAUCUGCAGAUGGGACCAAGGCUUCUGCCAGGCCUUGGGAUCAGGCCUUAGGGAUCAGAGCAGCCUUCCCUCGUCCUCGUGUACUGCUGAACUUUUGCAGCAGCUCUUUCCUCCUCUCUUGGAUGCCCUUCGAGAACCCAAGUCACGAUUGAUCAUCUGUCAGUCUCCAGGUCCUGCACCCAUCGCCCUGGGGCUCUGUACUCUGCAUACCACCUUGCUCUGGUUCUUGGGCAGAGCUCAGCAGCACCUGGCAGCAUGGGCCCCAGGUUCCCUCCUGCUUCUGAUUCAAAAGGACUUACCUCCUGUAUUGCAAGAGGCAAAAACUCUGUCUAGCCUGGCCUCAGAGGAAAGCUUGACUCUGGAGGUAGAGCAGCAACUGGGCUUGGAGAUCCAGAAGCUGGCUGCACAGAUCCAGCUGCUGCCUGAAAAAUCACUAUGUCUCUUUUCUCAAGAGUGCCACAAACAAGCUACACGUGGUUUCAACAUCUACAUGCCACGGGGUCGGUACUGGCGGCUUCGUCUCUGUCCUGAACUUCCCAGUGUUCCUAGUGAGUAUGCUGGAUUAGUGGUCCGCACCAUACUAGAGCCUGUGUUGCAGGGAUUGCAGGGAUUGCCACCUGAAGCCCAGGCCCCUGCCCUCAGUGAGGCACUGACAGCUAUCCUGGGUGCCUGGCUUGACCACAUCCUCACCCAUGGAAUCCGGUUCAGCCUGCAGGGGGCACUGCAGCUUAGACGAGACUUUGGAGUGGUCAGGGAGUUGCUGGAAGAAGAGCAAUGGGACCUGUCCCCAGAUCUUCGCCAGACUCUGCUCAUGCUCAGCAUCUUCCAGCAGCUGGAUGGGGCUCUCCUGUGUCUGUUGCAGCAGCCCCUGCCCAAGUCUCAAGUCCACAGGAGGUCCUCUUGUUGCUGUGCUUGUGAUGAGGUCCAGAACACAGAAUUUCCCAGCAGCAGCCUCAACAACCUGGAGAGCUUGGAGCACCCACUGCAGCCUGGAACAUCCUCACCCCAGACAGCUCAGCUGCUAAACACACUGAGGGGAGGGGGACCUAGCCCUGAGAUUUACUUGGUGGGAAAUCAGCAGGCAUGGCUUGCCUUAAGGCAGCACCAGCACCCCAACUGGCACUUGCCUUUUCUUUCCUGCCUGCGGACCAGUUCUGAAUCCUAAGGAGCCUGGGGCCAACACAGGCUCCAGGAGCCAGAAAGUCAGAGCUCUCCCUCUGGCUGGAGAAGCUAGACAUUUAGAACUGCAUAUUAAAGAAGCCUAGAAUUGGGAGCUUGUAAGAGACCAAACCUGAGAACCAUAAGCUAUACAGAGCCCGGACUUAAAGCUAUGAAUCCAAGAUCACUCCAGCAUUUGGAAUCCAAGUAAAGUGCAAAACCACAGCCUGGAACCUGAAGGUCAGCAUCCUUGGGAGGCUCAGAACUACUUCCCCAACAGUGAAGACAUCUGAGGGCUAGAAGUGGGAGGAGGGCUAGAGAGUUAGAGCUCAGGACUAGGGAAAGGGAAGAGCAAUAGAGAGCAGAGAGGAUAGAUGCCACUUCCACUAAGUCCCAGGAACCAGGCUGAAAACAGUUAAAUCAUAAGGUGGAAUAGGCUUUUCUGCACCUGAAUCAGUCCCAAGAGCUGUAUUAUCCUGUACUUCCCUUCAAUCAUUUAAGAAUAAUUGGCUGCACAAUCUUCCAAGUUUAAGCUUUGGUUACUCAGAGUUCAACAUGUUUACACUUCAUUACCUGAGUGGGGUUUACCUCCUGGUAGAUGAAUAAUCCCUGUUGGGUAGGACCCUCUCCUUGGAAGGGGCCAGAACUUAAUAUGAUGUUAACCUAGAUCUGGUACAGCAGGAUAGGGAAGGGAAGAGGCUGCAGAAAAUGGACAUAUUUUCGUGCAAAGGGGGUUUUUGCACUAUUUAUUUAUAGUGUUAACCGAGGUGCAAGAGGACUGUUAAUGAUAGGUAGUAUUUGAUGACCACUUACUUUGGGCCUUUCUGUGCGUUAUCUUGAAACCACUUCUGGGCUCGGCGCCUGUGGCUCAAGCGGCCAAGGCGCCAGCCACAUAUACCUGAGCUGGCGGGUUGGAAUCCAGCCUGGGCCCGCCAAACAACAAUGACAGCUGCAACCAAAAAAUAGCCGGGCAUUGUGGCGGGCGCCUGUAGUCCCAGCUACUUGGGAGGCGGAGGUAGGAGAAUCGCUUGAGCCUAGAAGUUGGAGGUUGCUGUGAGCUGUGAUGUCACGGCACUCUACCCAGGGUGACAGCUUGAGGCUCUGUCUCAAAAAAAAAGG